AUGGGCGCCUGCACCCACGAGAGUCUAAACCCAUCGAAUGCGGAGCCGCCCGUGCCUACCAACGCCCUCUGCGGUGCAGCAAAAGUGAGCGACAGUUCAUCCUACUGCUCGCGUACUGUAGAGGAGAAUGAGAGUUCCAUGGGCUACAGAGUGCUGCGCACCUUCGUUGAUGUAGAGAUCCCAGAAGCCGUCGAAAUGACCCCGCGGCCUUCGAGCUGUGACGGGCGUCUCUGUGCGGACUUCAACAUCAAAGCAAAGUGUAAGGGACACCCGGUCCUUUGCUCGCCCUGUCGCUUCUUCUCGCGUGGGCACUGCAGCCGGGACCGGGGCUGUGACCUGUGCCAUGCACCGCAUCGCCGCAUCGAGGUGGAGUUCGGAUCAAAAGAUCGGGCUUUGCUCGCGAGAUGCAGUGAAGCGCAGGUUCUGAACCUUCUGUGGCCAGAAGUGGUCGAGAAGGUGCGCACCUGGAUCGGCGGUGCCAAGGCGAGGAAGAUCAUCCUGUUCUUUGCCUUCAGGCUUUGGGCCAACUUGCCGGAAGCAAACCCUGUUCCGAAAGUCAACAUCAGGACCUUGAGCGAGAGCUCAUUAGGAACCACCUUGCGAUGGGCCUGCAGAUACUUGCCGGCUGAGCCGGCGGCGCGUCUCCGGCAACUUUUUGAGGAGAUGUGGCGCAGUGCGUAA